GCUAGCCUGGUCUGAACCGUGGCUUCUGAUUGGUCCCGACGUCACAGCUCAGCUCAGCUCCCAGGCUAGAAAUCAUGACAGGUUGGCGGAAGGCCUCCUUUUUCAACAUCCUGAUUUCCUUGUUCUCAAACUUCACGCCAUCCAUGGCAGCGCAAACGAUAUUACACCGCUAGAGGGUUAGAGACAGGGAACAGGAAGGCACAUGGCGCCGUUAAUACCGUCUGCGAAGGCGACGCUGUCGUAUCCGUUGUACGCAUGCGAUUUCGAUCCCCUCGAUGCGGAUAGGCUUGUUGUUGGCGGUGGUGGAGGCGCGGGGAGGAGCGGUGUUGGCAAUAAAAUUACAGUCCUAGAUACCUCCAAAUCCACAGAGCUUAUAGAGGUCAGCGAAGCAGAUCUCAGCAAAGACCAAGACAAUGUCACGAGUCUCGCGGUGGGGCAAAGGAAAGGGCGAGCAACGCUCGUGUAUGCGGGCGUGAACUCCAGUCCGCAGGAUGUGGAGAAGGGAAGGAACACGCAUUUCCGCGUGUUUGGCAUCGAGCCUGCUGGAGGAGCGAAGGGGAAAGGGAAAGGCAAGGGCAAAUCUGGUCCUGCUGUUGAGGAGAAGCCUUCUGAAUACAAGAUCGCGGAGAUGGGCAGGUCGAAGCUGUUUGAGAGUAAGGAGAAGGAUAUCUAUCAGCGGAUUACAAGGCUCUCGAAGCCGUUCCCCCAUCAGCCGCAGCUGGGAGCUGUGUGCACCGGCCGCUUCACGAGUCCGAUGUCAGAGAUUGUGUUGUUUGAUACGAGUGCCAUUGCGCCGCCGAACUCGAGGGGCGGCGUGCAGAGUAAUCGGGAGGCGGUCGAUGUGGAUUUUAUUCAGACGGGGGAUAAUGAGUACAUGUUUGCGUACUGCGAUGUGCACGAUGUGUAUGUCAAGAAGAUCACUUCGAAGACAGAUGAGGAUGAGCCGGACCUCGUGUACACGACUCCUGGUUCGAGAUCCCCAGAAAAGCCCGCGGUGCCAUCAUUCAGAGCCAUGAGAUGGUUGACGAAAGACCUUCUUCUCAUGCUCACGAAUAUCUCUAGGGAUAGUGGAGCCGUGCUGCAGAUCCUCCGUUUACCACCUGGCGGUAAAGGAGAGUGCAGAAUCGCACAAUCUCUACGCCUCCCAGAUCGAAUCACGAAAGCUACUGGCAUGGCAGUAGCAAACCUCACACCACCACUCAACCCCUCCUCGCCCCAAGAUUACACACAAUUCGUGAUCGCAGUCGCAGGACGGGACAUCUCGCUCUCGCUCUUCAAAGUCGACCUCCAAGUUGAAGGCGCCAUCUCGCUCGUCACGAAAAUCAAGGCGUUCAAGACAUUCAAGGAUGUUCACCCGAUGCAAAUCACGAGCCUUGCAUUCUCGAAUUUUGUUCCUCCUACGCAUCCAGUGACAGCGAGUACGCCGCCGCAGUAUCUCAAGCUAGCAAGUGUGGGCGUAAGCAAUACGGUGGUUGUGCAUACUCUCCCUCUCUUCCCGGUGCCGUUGUCGGUGAAGAGAGGACAGUCCAAGACACCGCGCUACGUCGUCGCCUUACCAUCCACCAAAGCUGUCUUCGGAGGCACCGUCAUUCUAUCCAUUAUCGGUGUGUUGAUAGCCGCGAUUUUCAUACAAGGGAUACUAGAGGUGAGAGGAGGAGUGCCGGUGUAUCUGAACGCCAGGAGUCACUUGCCUGUUAUCUGGCAGGAGGCGCUGGGACGCCCUUAUGAAUUCCCUCCCGGCUACAAUACACUUACUUCAGCCAUUCCUCACCCAUCAGGUGAUGUUAAUUACGAGGAGGAUUCCGGCUCCGCAGUAAGACUCCCAGAUUUCUUCGCGAAGUUGAAACAAGGCAGUAGCGAAGGUGUUUAUGUACUGAAAGAGGGGCCCGGGGGAGUGAAGGUCGCGAUGCAUGGCGAGAAGGAGAAGCAUGGAGGCGUCAAGUGGGAGGCGUUGAGUAGGGAGCAGAAGGAGAAGUGGAAGGGGAAGUUGAGGGAUGCGGGGCAUUGGGCGGAGGAGAUGGGGGAGACGGUUCUUAAGGGCGUGGUGUUCGGGGAGAUUGCUGGGGCUGUUGGGCAGGCUGUUGCGGGGGGGUUGUGAGAGGAGAAGAUUGUAGGAAGUAAGAUAUGUAGAAUUCAAUGAUGAGA